AUGAUUGAAAUUGAUGUUUAUAUGAUGCUUGCAAGAAUACAGACUACAGACUACAAUUUGUUCAAUCAGCUAACAAUUUACUUUAAAAGGCUAGUUAAUUAUACAUUGCAGGAAGACUGUGUCAAUUAUUUUCAUCAAAUUGGAGAAACUCUUGGAUACUAUUUGCAUGGCUUUACCAAGUAUCCUCUGUUAGUGGCAUUUCAACUCCCAUACCUUAACAGGCUAGUUGCAAACACAAUCAAAAUUUGUAACAAAUAUCCAGUUAUAUUACAAUUUUGGUUAUUGCCCGAGUGUAAUUCUAGUUUUGGAAAUUUAUUCCAAUCAUUGCCCAACAACAGUAGAUUGCCAUUGUAUCAGAUAAUAAAAAAUUUUCUAAUUGUUGACUCCCCUCUAGACCAAACAGAGAAUGUCAUUGAAUUAAUCUCCUUAACAAAAAUGUCCCCUUGUCUAGACGAAUGGUUUUCACAAAAUAAAGAUUUGGCGUAUUUACUAAGUAAUAAAUGCUCCACUAUUAUUGUUCAAAUGGAGAAUUUAGAUCCCAGGUUUCAUAAUGUUACUGAAUUUGCAAAGUAUUUCAAAAUGUUUUGUCUAAUUGUUGAAAACUGUACACCUACUAUUGCACAUCUGUAUUACAAAAUUUUUGAAACACAAAUUUUGAAUGUUGUUCUACUGAAUAAGACAGGUCAUAAUCAGUUUGUUUUUUCAGUUUUACAAACUAUUGCUGACAUAACUACCACCAACAAAACUAUCCUAAGAGUUUUCGAUAAUGAAUAUUUCACAAACUGGAUUAGAUUUAUAUUUGAAGAGAGGGAAAAUUUACGAAAUUUGUUUAUUUUACUAAAUGCUUUAUUCAGUAAACAUGAAGAUAUAUUGGUGAAAUUAGUCACUACAAAAAGUAAACCCGAGGAUGAAGCCUAUUCAAUUGAAGAGCUUCGUUUAAAGGCAAUGAAAAUCUGCAAAGGUGGUACAACAGCAAUAAGUUCUUUUAUGGUCACCACACUAAAGUAUCAAUUCAAAGACAUGGAAAUGUAUUCAAUCAACACCAGUGCACCUAUCAUAAAAGGCUAUUUACAGGUGUUACCGGAGUAUUUCCAAAACACUCCUGCUAUGAAUGAAGCAUUGAACACGAUAUCCUCCAUUUUGAUGCUUAAGCUUAAUUUUCUUGAUAGUAAAUAUACCCAAAUUGUGAUUGAAUUUCUAUUUGAAUCAUACUUUAAUUUGAGACUUUUAUUAGAAGACUACAUGCUAUAUCGGUUUGAUUCUAUUGAAUUAAAAAACCACCAAAUCUAUCAAGAUUGUUUCAAACAGUACCACAAAAGUUCAGAGCCGCAAUUGAAUGAUGACAAUACCAUCAACAACACUUUGAAAGAUAUCAACUACUUGAUGUUGGAACAAAACUUGCAAUUAUUUGAGACAUUUACAAUCCAAUUGUAUGUAUAUUGCAAACUUAAACAUAUUGCACACAACUGGGCAAUGGAAAUUCCUGACUAUUCAGUUCUUCUUCUAAGGUAG